UAAAGUGGAUCAAAUAGUAUGGCAAAGCGACUGAUUGAUAGAUAUCGUGCAAAAAUGUAAAAGCUCUUUUAUCUUAACUUGUUUUUAAUAUAAAUUCAUUAUCAUCAGGAGAUACACGGUAGGUCACACGGAUAAGUAAAACGAGCGCCCCCCACAUUAUGACAGCGUUUCUCUUCCUGAAUGGUCUAAAGUCGUCAUUUACCCGCGUUUGUUGAACAACCCACUUUGUUUGGCGGGCUUGAGCAGAGAAGAAUCAACCCAUCAUAUUAUCGGAACCAUGCAGUUCUCUAGCAGAAGAAAGAAAUUCACCACCAACUCUCAGGCAGAGCUCUAUGGGGAACCUCUGCAGUUCUAUGGGCAGCCUCCCCUGGAAAACAUCUCUCUCACUGAGUUUGAAACCUUUGCUGUGGAACGACUUAAACUGUUGAAGACCAUUGAGAAUUUGGGAGUGAGCUAUGUGAAAAUGUCAGAGUCGUACACAAAGAAACUGGGAACAGAAUCCAAAGCGCUGAACUUUCUUUACAGACCCGAAGCUGAUGACAGAAAACCUCAGAAUGGACCAACUGAACAAGAGAAACGCAGAAAGGACCAUAUCUCCCACUUCAUUCUCAGACUUGCCUACUGCCAAACGGAGGAUCUGAGGCGGUGGUUUAUACAACAGGAAGUUGAUCUUUUCCGCUACCGCUUCAAUGACCUGCAUCCAAAACAAAAGCUGGAAUUUCUUCACAGAAAUAAUCUGCAGUAUGACAGGAUUACUGUCGAGGAGAAGAAGGCUCUGAACGAUAAACUGGUCAACUCCAGUUACGCUCUCAGUGGAAUUACUGUGGUAGAGCAGGACGUCUACAAAGUUCCAUUUCAAGAUGCCCUGGAUCUAGUGCGAACAAGGAAAGUGUACCUCAAAGCCGGCUACGUGUACAUCCCCCACCAGGAUAUUGUCACCAUUGUUAUCAAUGAUUUCCGCACGAGGCUAUCUAAAGCUCUCGCACUCACAGCCCGCUCGCUACCAGCGGUGCAUUCUGAUGAACGGCUCCAACCGCUCCUCAACCACCUCAGUCAUGCCUAUGUGGGACAGGAUUACAGCAUCCAGAAGAAUGUAGGGAAAAUCUCCUUGGAACAAAUUGAUUCACUUUCAGGAAAGUCCUUCCCGCUCUGCAUGAGGCAGAUCCACCAGAGCCUCAGAGAGAACCACCAUCUUCGUCAUGGAGGCCGCAUGCAGUACGGCCUCUUCCUCAAAGGCAUCGGCCUCUCCCUGGAGCAAGCCCUGCAGUUCUGGAGGUCAGAGUUCAUCAAAGGCAAAGUGGAUGCUGACAAGUUUGACAAAGCAUAUGCCUACAGCGUGCGCCACAUGUUUGGCAAAGAAGGCAAGCGAACAGACUACACCCCCUACAGUUGCAUGAAGGUGAUUCUAUCAAACGCACCCAGCCAAGGCGACCAUCAUGGAUGUCCUUUCCGUCACAGCGACCCAGAGCUGCUGAAGCAGAAGCUCCAGGUCUACAAAGUGUCUCCCAGUGGGAUCAGUCAGAUCCUGGAGCUGGUUAAAGGGAUGCACUAUCAGCUGGCCUGCCAAAAGUACUUUGAGCAGACACACAAUGUUGAGGAUGCCAGUUUCUCGCUCAACCACCCCAACCAGUACUUUAUAGAGAGCCAGAAAGCUUUGGGCGGAGGCAAGGAGAUAAAGCGAGAGACGGAAGCGCCGCAAAAGCCGCAGGAAAUCCCCACCGGAGGACCCAGCGCGGCUCCAGAGGCAGCAGCGAACACACAAGACGAGGCCGAGAUGACGGAGGACCUCGAUUCUUUCUUUCAAGAUGCCUGAUUUGCUUCUUUUUUGUUAUACUUUUUUUUCUUUCUUUGAUGACUUUAUGUUUGAUCGGGUUCAUUUUGAAAUGGUGUAACAUUUUUUAAAGUCACUGUA